AUGAGCGUCCUAUUCGAAACAACUGUUGGUGAUAUUGUCAUAGACUUGCUUUACAAGGAAGCACAAUCAGAGAGCUUCAAUUUUCUCAAGCUAUGCAAAGCCAAUUUCUAUCAGUAUCAACUCUUUUACAACCUGAAGAGGCACUUCUCGGUACAGACGGGCGACGCAUUGCUCGGCAAUGAGAAUAGGCACGAAUUGAGGUUUCAUAAUGCAGCUUUUCAAAGUUUGCUGAAAGAGAAUGGGUCAUCAGCUAAGCUCAUAACACAUUUCGAUGAGCUUCAGGAAGAGAGCCAGAAGUUUGGCGAUGUCUGUAUGAUUCUCGGUCACCAGGAUGACGAGGGGCCCCUCUACGGUUCGCAAAUAUUAAUCUCCUUGUCAGAGACUCCUCGGAGCUAUCAGAACACAAUCAAAAUUGGUCAUGUUAUUCCAGAGAGUGAGAAAGCACUCAAAGCUAUUAAUCAAGCUACUACUGAUGAUCAACUGAGGCCUGCCGCGGAUAUUCGAAUCAGGAAAGUACACAUUCUCCACGAUCCUUUUCCAGAUCCCGAUGGGCUAAUCGUUUACAGUCCAAAAAUCACAACGACGAAUUUACGUCUUCCGCUGGAAAAUGAGAAGGACUCUGCUGAUGAAAUCAAUUUCAUAGAUUCUGAUAUCAGAAGCAAGGAACUCACACUCGAAGUUCUUGGAGACAUACGGCAGGCCGGGAUCAAGCCCUCAGAAAGAGUUCUGUUUGUUUGCAAACUCAAUCCCCUCACAAGAGCGAAAGAUCUUGCCAUUAUCUUUCAACAGUGUGGGGAGGUAAUAUACAUCGAGAUUGUGAGAGACAAAUCGAGUGGCUCAUCUCUUUGCUACGGGUUUAUCGAAUAUGCUGAUCGGAAUUCUUGUGAGAUAGCCUAUUCCAAAAUGGAGGGUGUGCUGAUUGACGAUCGAAGAAUACAUGUGGAUUUCUGCCAGAGCUCUAAAAGCAUGAAAGUUCAGUCAAAAAGUCAAAGAACUCAGACAUCUAAGCCUCGAUAA